AUGGGCAUUUUUGCUCCAAUUGUCAUUUAUUGGUUGUACGCAGGGUUUUACCAGCUAAUGCCGCCUUUAGAUAAAUAUCGGUUGCACCCUAAGAAAGAGGAGGAAGAGAAGAAUUUGGUGCCACUGUCAAAGGUGGUUAAGGGUGUCUUGUUUCAACAACUAGUUCAGGCUGCUGUUGCUCAUUUGACUUCAACAGCGGAUAAAUCUGGGAUCACAAUCCAGCCCUCUAUUUCUAUCCAAAUCGUGCAAGUUAUAAUUGGAAUGUUUGUCAUUGACACUUGGCAGUACUUUGCACACCGCUACAUGCAUCAGAACAAAUUCUUAUACCGCCAUGUCCACUCCCAGCAUCACAAGCUAGUCAUACCUUACGCCAUUGGGGCCCUUUAUAAUCAUCCGCUUGAGGGUCUCUUGCUCGACACGGUGGGUGGUGCCAUUGCAUUCCUCAUCUCAGGAAUGACUGCACGAACAUCAGUCAUUUUCUUCUGCUUUGCUGUAGUUAAAACAGUUGAUGAUCAUUGUGGACUCUGGUUGCCUGGCAAUAUCUUCCAUAUCUUUUUCCAGAAUAACACUGCUUAUCAUGACAUCCACCAUCAACUCGCAGGCACAAAGUACAAUUAUUCUCAGCCAUUCUUCUCCGUAUGGGAUAAACUUCUAGGGACACAUAUGCCUUACGCUGUUGUGAAGCGACAUGAAGGCGGUUUUGAGGCAAGACCGGUUAAGAAGGAUACGGACUAG